AUGACACCUGAAAACUUUUUUAUGUUUAUUCCAUGUGAUUUUUGGUCACUUGAGAAUUUCAUCGCUUUCUCUAUCGGCAACGAUGAAUCUGCCGAUAAAGAAAAUAUCCAUCGAAUAUAUUAUACGUCCUUGCGAAAAAUAAGCGAUGAUACGAAAUCUUCACAGGAAGUUCGUGAUCGUGCCGGAAAGCUUUUGGAUAAUAAGAAGACCGAUUGUAAAAUUGUAGCAGAAAUCUGGUAUAAUAUUAAUGAACAACGUUUGAAAGUGGAAUUAUCAGAACGUACGUAUGCGUUGGGAUUGAUCUUUCAUCACUGUUAG